AUGUAUGAUAGGAGGCAAUUGAAGAACAGAUUUGAUGUAUUGAGAAAAGAUUGGAAGUUGUGGGAAAAACUGAUGUCUGGGGAGAAUGGCAUUGGUUAUGAUGCAGCCACAAACAGGGUGUUGGCCUCUGAUGAGUGGUGGCAACGAAAAAUACUGCCUGACAUAGAAGAGGAGGAGGAUGUUUAUAGAGUCGGGCUAGACCAACAAGAAGGGUCAGGGGAUAGUGAGGAUGAAAACUUUGGUGUGGACCCAACAGCUAGUGCAGGGUUCACAGAUGACUUCGCUGCUUGCAACAUAAACAACCCCGCAAGUACUGGACCAAGUGGCUCUGGAAGCUAUGGAAAGAGAAAGAGGGCUGCUUCUGACAAGCAAGCAGCAGCAUUGGUUGAAGAUCCCCAAGUAGUUGAUAAGGUUUUGGCACACCUGACUACCGUUGAGGAGCUUAAUGAUGACAAUCAACUAUAUUAUGCAUGUGCUAAGAUGCUUACGCGGUUGAGGUGGGCUAGGCGAGCCUAUUUGGGGUUUAUGCAUGAUAGGAGCAAGUUGUUGGCGUGGUUGAUACUGGCAGCACAAGACCCAGACACAUGGAAGUGA